AUGGCCAACAGCGAGCUGAUUGUUAGCACCGGCUACGGACCGGUUCAGGGCACAGCCAGGACAUCGCUCUACGGGACUGGGUACGUCAGCUUCCAGGGCAUCCCGUACGCGAAACCUCCGGUCGGAGAGCUACGUUUUAAGGAUCCCACGCCACCUGAAAACUGGACGCAGGUUCUCGAUUGUACCGAGCAAUGUGACCCUUGCUUUCAUUUUGAUCGGCGCGUUAACAAAAUUGUCGGCAGUGAGGACAGCCUGAAGCUGAACAUAUUCAGCAAAACGAUUAAACCCACCAAACCUCUGCCCGUCAUGGUGUACAUCUACGGCGGUGGAUUCGUCGAAGGUACCAGCGGAACCGAACUGUACGGUCCGGACUAUCUGAUCGAAAAAGACAUCGUGCUGGUAACGCUUAACUAUCGCGUCGGAGCACUCGGUUUCCUCUGCUGCCAAUCACCCACGGCAGGUGUCCCGGGCAAUGCAGGCCUGAAAGACCAAAGGCUGGCGCUCCGAUGGGUGCGGGACAAUAUUGCGUCCUUUGGAGGCGAUCCCAGCGCGAUCACCCUGUUUGGACACAGCGCCGGGGGAGCGUCGGUACAGUAUCACACGAUUGCGGACGCGUCGAAGAAUUUGUUCCAGCGUGCCAUCAUCAUGUCCGGCAGCACGAUGUGCAGCUGGGCCCUUACACCCCAGCGCAACUGGCCGGAAAAACUGGCCAAAGCCAUCGGUUGGCAGGGCGAGGGUGAUGAGGAGGCGGCGCUGCAAUAUUUGCGCCAAGCUUCGCCGGAAAGCAUUGUGGAUCAUCAGGAGAAAUUGUUCGGACCGCAGGAAAUACAAGAAGGCCUGCUUUCUCCAUUCGCGCCAACGAUCGAACCGUACGAGAGUGAGGUAUGUUUCAUCCCACGAUCGCCGUUCGAGAUGUCCCGCACUGCGUGGGGAAAUUCCAUCGACAUCAUGAUCGGCGGAACCUCCGAAGAGGGCCUGAUACUGCUGCCGAAAGUGAAACCACAGCUUCCAAGCAUGCUGCAGGAUCCGCGACUGUUUGUAGGCAAUGUUCCCUUCCAUCUCAAGCUUAGCCUAGAGCAGCGUAUGGCUUUCGGGGAGCAGCUGAAGCAACUCUACUAUCCAGAUUCCAACCCCUCGAUCGACAACCUGGAUGGAUUCGUGAACAUGGCCUCGGAUCGCAUCUUUUGGCACGAUCUGCAUCGUACCAUACUGGCACGGGCCAACUACGCCCGCACUGCCAAAACAUUCGUGUAUCGCUUCUGCGUUGAUUCUCCGUUCUUUAACCACUAUCGUAUCCACAUGGUCGACCCGAACGCACGUGGGACGUCUCAUGCGGAUGAAAUUUCUUACCUGUUUUCAAACAUCUUCGCGAAACCGCUGGACAAGAGCACGCUCGAGUACCGUGCCAUCCAGCACUUGGUCGAUAUCUUCACCAGUUUUGCCACCAACAGCGAUCCCAACUGUGAUAGCACCGCCAGUCUGUCGUGGACGGCCGUCCCGAAAACGGCACCGCCGUACAAUUGCCUGAACAUCUCCAACGAUGGUGUGGAGGUUGUGGUGCUGCCGGAAUCAAGACGUCUGCAGCUGUGGGAUUCGUUCUACGUAAAUGAUGCACUCUUCUAGAUAGUACGAUAUUAUUCGACGAAAUUUUGAACAACAAUAAAUUCUUUAUGUAUCGUGUGCAAGUAAGCCCACCCUAUCUGUA